UCACCUUCGUGAGGCGUUCGGGCGAUGGCCGUCAGAUCUUCGGCCCUGAUCGGAAUGCUCCUCAGCCCCGACCCCGCGUCCAGCCGGGUUCGGCUUCCAGUCCGGCGCGUUGUUUUGCCGGUCGAGCCGGUCGUGCGUGAUCGUGUGUGUGUGUUGUGCUUCGUGCCUCUGCUUCGCCUAUCCGAGCUUGUGUGCUGAGAUUUGUGUGAUUUGUGCCCAGGAAUUAAAGUGAUCCCUAUCUUAUCUCGGUGAUGCCAUGGGAGAUGUGAGGAAGACGAGCCCUUGCGUGUGAUCUGUUGUCGCCGCUGCCAGUGUCUUGUGUGUGUUUGUGAGUGCUGCCUGCGCCCUGCGCCCCCAGCGGAGCGAUGCGGCGCGAGUGAAGGUUAUGGCGUACGAGCAGGGGUGAUGGUCCUCGACUACUAGGAUGCAAGCAGCGAGGGUGUGCGCCUUGCUGCUAGCUGCUAUCGCCUGCGCCCAUGGAUACCCUAAUCUGCUGUUUGCCACAUCCAAAGACAUCAGGGUGGCCAAUGUCUCCUCCCGGUCAUCAAGCUCGAAAGCCACCCCCAUUGUCAAGGACUUGCAAGAGGGUGCAGCAGUUGACUAUCACUAUGCGAAGGGACUGGUGUGCUGGACGGACCAUGGACUGGAGAUGAUACAAUGCAUCAACUAUAAUGGCACUACUAGUUCUAUUGCAAACAAGGUUGGGAUUGUGACCACUGGCCUUGUCUCGCCGGAUGGACUAGCCAUUGAUUGGCUGACCCAUAAAAUCUACUGGACUGAUGGAGAAACAAACAGAAUUGAGGUGGCUACUCUCAAUGGUCAGUAUCGCAAAGUUCUGUACUGGGAAGAUAUUGACCAACCAAGAGCAAUCGCACUGGUUCCCCAAGAGAGCCUUAUGUUUUGGACCGACUGGGGUGAAGUUCCUAAGAUAGAAAGAGCAGGAAUGAAUGGUGAUCAUUCAACGCGAACUGUGAUAGUUAAAGAAAACAUAUUUUGGCCCAAUGGACUUACUGUUGAUUUCUCUACUCGAACAUUAUACUGGCUUGAUGGCCGCCUCAAAUUCAUUGAAUCAAUGGACUUUACUGGUCAUAAAAGGAAAAGAAUUCUUGACAAAGGUGUUUUGUACCCCUUUGCUUUAUCUUUGUUUAAAAAUGUACUGUACUGGACUGACUGGAAAACCUGGUCAAUUCAUAUUUUUGAUAAAUCUUCUGGGAAUGGUCCUAGAGAAAUGAUCCAUGGUGAAAAUGUUCCUAUGGAUAUCAAAGUGUGGGAUGCUGCCAGGCAACCUAUUAGUCCUACCCCCUGUGAUAAUAAUAAUGCUGGAUGUUCUCAUCUGUGCCUCCUCUCACCUGCUCCCCCGGGUUACACUUGUGGCUGCCCUACUGGCGUCCGCUUGAUGAACAAUCAUACCUGCUUUGAUGAUGUUCAAGAAUUUUUACUCCUUGUUCAACGCACUGACAUUGCUCAAAUUUCCCUUGACACGCCAGAUUAUUCUAGUAUUACUCUACCUCUUAAAGGAUUAAAACAUGCCAUAGCUAUUGACUUUGACCCUGUUGAAAAGUUUUUGUACUGGACUGAUGAUGAGGCAAGAGGCAUUCGAAGAGCAAGGUUAGAUGGAUCGGGACAGCAAGAUGUAGUUAUUUCAGAAGUGGAGCAACCAGAUGGCAUAGCCAUUGAUGCUGUUGGAAGAAACAUUUAUUGGACUGAUACUGGUACUGAUCGUAUUGAAGUUGCAAGACUAGAUGGCUCUCAUCGCACAGUUCUCAUUACUGAACAUCUAGUUGAACCACGAGCCAUUGUUAUUGCCCCAGAGAAAGGAUUAAUGUUUUGGUCAGACUGGAAUGAAAAAGAGCCCAAAAUUGAGAGAGCUGCUAUGGAUGGUUCUCAGCGUGUAGUUAUAGUUUCUGAACAACUUGGUUGGCCUAAUGGUCUUGCCAUGGAUCAUGAGAGGUCCUUGCUUUAUUGGUGUGACGCAAAGACAGAUAAGAUUGAGGUUGUGAAUUUUGAUGGCAGUGAUCGUACCACAGUAGUCAGUGAGAAACUCCCUCAUGCAUUUGGUUUGAGUCUUCUUGGUGAAUUCAUCUACUGGACUGACUGGCAAAGACGGAGCAUAGAUCGUGUGAACCGCAUCAACCGGCAAGGUGGAGGGAGCCGGCAAACUCUUGCUGACCAAAUGCCAAACGUGAUGGGUCUGAAAGCAGUUCGUCUUAGUGAUCCUAUUCCAACUAGCCCUUGUAGUAAAUCCAAUGGUGGCUGCAGCCAGCUUUGUCUCAACAGACCAAAUCAUGAUUAUGUGUGCACCUGUCAAAUUGGGCAGGAGCUUGCAUCUGAUGGUCGUACCUGUGUUGUUCCUAAUGCUUUCAUAUUAUUUGCCCGUAAAGAAAACAUUGGCCAUAUAAGUAUUGAGAAUGCCAAUAGCAGCUCAGUUAUACCAAUUAGUGGGAUAAAAGAUGUUAGUGCUCUUGACUACAACCUUCAAGACAAUUUUAUGUAUUGGACUGAUGUGAAACUGAAAUCAAUCUCUCGUGCCUUUUUAAAUGGCUCAGAAGUUGAACACAUAAUUGAAAUAGGACUUGACUCCCCUGAGGGAAUGGUGGUAGAUUGGAUCGCUAAUAAUAUUUACUGGGCCGACACCGGCAGUAAGAGGAUUGAAGUUGCUCGUUUGAAUGGCAGUUCACGUAAAGUGCUCAUAUGGCAGGAUAUUGAGGAGCCUAGAAGUCUGGCAUUGGACCCUCAUGAAGGCUACAUGUAUUGGACUGAAUGGGGUGACCCAGGUUCUUUGGAACGAGCUGCACUUGAUGGAUCUCUGCGCUCCACUCUUAUUCACCGCUUGGGACGUGCUAGUGGUCUGACUAUUGACCUCAUAGGCCGUAGGAUGUAUUGGACUGAAUUGCAUGGAGCUCAGGCAGCUAUUGAAAGUUCUGACUUGGAUGGAAAAAACAGGAGGGUGCUCAUUUCAAGGGAUACUGGAAGGCCCUAUGCCAUUACUCAAUACCAGGAUUACAUCUACUGGACGGAUUGGAACUCAGGUGUAAUUGAAAGGGCAGACAAAGCAACAGGACUUAACCGAACCACUAUCUACCAGCAUCUAGACCAUGUUACAGACAUGGUAGUCUUCCACCGGUCUUACCAGACAGGCAUAAAUGCAUGUUCUGCGAACAAUGGAAACUGUACCCACCUUUGUCUUGCAUUGCCUGCUGCCAGCCCUACAUCAUCUGUGGAUCUGGAUACAGUUCCUCAUGUAUCAUCUACUGGCCAUUAUACUUAUACUCAUCGCUGUGGAUGCCCAACACAUUACACCUUAGCAUUUGAUGGAACAACAUGCCAUGCUCCAGAAUCAUUUUUACUCUUUGGUCAGAAAAAUGCACUUACCCGUUUGAUUCCCUCUGGGGAAGAUUGCCCUGAUGUUAUUCUGCCUAUUCAAGGAGUGAAGCAAGUAAAAGCUGUGGAAUAUGAUCCCCUCACUCAAUUUGUUUAUUGGAUUGAUAAUCGUCAAAAAGUAAUCAAACGGUCACGUGACAAUGGCUCUGGCUCAAGUGUUUUUGUUGGAGGGCGUGCUGAUGGACCAACACAGUACCCAAAUGACUUGGCUCUUGACCCGAUUUCACACCUUUUAUUUUGGACCUGCGCUGAUACAAAUGCAAUCAAUGUGACUCGGCUGGAUAACUCAUCAUCUCAACCACUGGGUGCAGUGGUGCGGGGUGAAGGACUGAAACCUCGUCUUCUAGCCAUACAUUUUAUCAGAGGCUUAUUGUUUUGGUCUGAUGUUGGUGGCCCAAUGGUCAGAGUUAUGAUGGCUUCCUAUGAUGGCAAGAAUCAAACUGUAGUUGCUGAUAACAUUGAGAACCUCACAGCUUUGACUGUUGACCAAGGAGAGAAAGGUGAAAGAGUUUACUGGGCUCAGCCUAGGGUGAUUGAAUCAGCAGCUCUUGAUGGCAGUGACAGGAAAACAUUAAAAACCGAUGGUCUCAUGCAUGUGUCGCAUAUUGCUGUUUUUGGAGACUAUCUAUAUUUUGUGGACAAUGACCAUCAAAGCCUGACAAGGGUUCAUAAAAUUACUGGAGAAAAUGCCUUUCCUGUACCAGCACCAAAACUGCCAUCACUCACUGAUCUUGUUUCUGUAUCCCUUCCAUCACCUCAGCUCAUUACUCAUCACCCAUGCGGGUCUGGUCAGGCGUAUGGGACGUGCUCCCACCUUUGCAUGCCUAGUGAGACAGGCCGUAUGUGCGGUUGCCCCAUUGGUAUGUCUCUGGCAGAGGAUGGCAAGACUUGUGUUGACUGUAGCGUCAACCAUUUCACUUGUGUCUCGGGUAACAAGGACUGCAUUCCUGCUUCGUGGCGGUGCGAUGGGCAACCUGACUGCUCAGAUAGCUCAGACGAAAUCAACUGUCCUCAAUGUGGACCUGAGUUUGUUGCUUGUCGAAGUGGUACAACUCGCUGCAUAGAAAAAGAGCGUCGUUGUGAUGGCAUAAAGGACUGCAUGGACGGCAGUGAUGAGUUGACCUGCCAAGACCCUAGCAACGUAAUUAAUGUAAUUGGCCCAAACACACAGCCUGGUGAAAUUGCAAGUUUUGCUGCGGAUACCAACAGCUACAUCACACUCCUGUACUGCUUUGUGGGCCUGGCUAUUGUGUUCACCCUCGCCUUCGGCAUGAUUGGGGCCAGGAAGUGCAAAAAGUCGGUGUCGCACGGCGACGACGGCCUGGAUCCGGCGGACCCCGCCCACGACCCGCUGUCGCCGCCGGGGCCGGCGCUGUCGGCGCUGGGCUGCGGCACGGCGGGCACGGGCUCCCGCGGCGUGGCGAGCGGCCGCGCGGCCAACGGCGCGCGCUCCAUCUCGCUGUCCACGGGCGGCCACGGCCUCGGCCACGGCACGCUCGGGCUCAAGGGCCAGCACCUGCAGGCCGUGCGCAUGUCCGCCAUGAACAGCGGCUCCACCAGCGGCUCGCCGUCCUACCACCGCAGCCACAUCACGGGCGCCUCGAGCUCCUCCGCCUCUGGGGGCGCCAAUAACGGUGCGCUGCUGUCUUCCUCGUCGCUUCUGUGCUACCCCAGGGAGACGCUGAAUCCGCCGCCUAGUCCCGCCACCACGUCGGAUUCGACUCGCCGCGCCGAGUCGCGCCUCUACCGGCCCUACCGGCACUACCGCGCCAUGAACCAGCCCCCGCCCCCGACGCCGUGCUCCACGGACGUCUGCGACGAGUCCGACUACCGCUACGACAGCGACCCCUUCCCCCCGCCCCCUACUCCCGCCCCCUCCUGUCCCCCCUCGCCCUCGUCGAGGUCCUCGACGUACUUCAACCCCCUGCCGCCGCCGCCCUCCCCCUCGCCCACGGGGAGGUGCGAUUGCUGACAAUACCAGCGCCCAACACCCAGCGGUCAGUCCGUGUGCUCGGAUCACUCGUGCACCAAGGCGGUCCAUCGACGCCGGUACUGACUUCAAGCCUAGUUUACGAUGACCUGAACGCGGGCAGAGAGACCAUGACGUGAGUGGAAACAUCCGACUUGGAGAUUCCACGCUCGUCUAUGUGUCUACAACAAAUGCCUCUGCCUGCGCUCAUGUCGUCAGAUCUAAGUCAGAGUUUCCCCGUCUCCUGUUACUUAAAGGGGAUCCUCUGAGAGGCUUGUUUUGAAAAAAAAAUCAGAUGUUGGAAGUUCUAGAAAUUGUUUCAAAAGAGACUUUCUGCAAUUGGUUUUUGAAUUCAUCGAAUCUUGCGGGUGUUGUGGCGUAAUGAAAUUUUUAAAUUUUUGAGUCAUGUAGAUAAAAUAUGAUUUAUUUAUGUAUUUAUGUACAUUUUUUAUAACUUGUAUUUUGUUGUUUAUGUUUGUGUAUAUUAUGUAUGAGAUUCUUAUUUCUGACUGCCUGUUGUUAGUGUAAAAGUUUUGUAAUCUUUUUAACUACUUAUCAAUAAUAUUGUUAAAUUUUGGAGUUGAUGUACUGUACUGAGCAUGCAGACUGAUUGAAAUAGACUGGCGAUAAAUAAGGAGAUGUAUUGGUGUGUUUGUCAUUUGUGAUAUCAUUUUCUCGUCACUGGUUUGCGGCAGAAGAGACAAAUACUUCUUAACUUAUCUUGCCUCCCAUUGUUAUCAUGAAGUCUGCUUCUCUAAAUGCAAGGCUUUGUCAUGAAAUAUUGCUAUUAUUUCUGAUAUAAGAUUGUUUCACUGUGAUGAAUUUCUCAUUUUUGUGCUAAGUUUAAGGCAUUAAGUGUUAACUGUUAACCAUCCCUGUAAUCCUGAACCUGAACUAUUUCUUGAAUUGAGAAAUAGACACCUCUAAACCUUAACAGCACUCAUUUUGUAUUUUCAUAAAUGUACUUUUGUGUUUGUUUUGUUCCCCAAUAGAUCUGUUUAUGGCAUCAGGGUACUGUGUUUUAGAAAUUUAUUCUAUUAUUUUUUUUUUGCUUGCACUUUCUGUGUUUGCCUUUGGUGUUAAACCAAUUUUAUUAAAGUUUUGGUUUGAUUACCUUCUUGAAACAUGAAAGUUUGCGCUUAAUACUGUGGUCUUGUGUAACUCACUGCCUCUCAUAAGUUUUCUUGUAGUAGACUAUUUUUGGCUUGGAACUCAAUAGCCCAAUGUAAAACAUCUAUUUUUUACAAACUAGUACUGUUGUUUUUGCUUUUAAUCAAUCAUAUCAUUUGAAAAUCUCUCUGAACUGUGCUGGUCACAGGUGUUAUUUUAAUUGAGAUUUUCAACAUGAAUGUAGGAGCUGUAAAUACCUGAUCUAAGAGUUAUUCCAUUUGGGUAAUCGUUCAGCCAGACUGGGAUUUCCAUCUGUAAAUUUUGCAUUGUUGAAGAUGUCUCUGUAGCUUGUGCAGUGGUUUUGAGAGUAUAUUUUAUUAAAAGUUCAUGUAUAAGUUUGUUUGGACUGGGAUCAAAUUUUAAUAUCUAGUUACAGAAAUAUUUUGAGUAUUUUAAAUUUGUCUUUCUGGUUGUUAUCUAUUUCAAAGUUGUUUGUUCAUUUUGUUAGAACAUUGUGGUUUUUGAUCUCUUAGACUGGCAACAGAAUUAUCAACAUAUCCACUGUGGGCCACCCCUGAUAACCCAUUUAAAAAAAACACGGUCUGCUAUCAUGAUUAUGUAGAUUGUACAUAUGUGAAGUAACAUACUCUAACUGUAAUAGACUAGUCGAUGGGCUGCUAUAUUUUACUGUACAAUUUUUAUUAUUAGUAAAGGAGAAGUUUAUAGACUGAAUUAUCAGCAAUACAUUUGUGUUGAGUAUGUUCUUUAACAUGAGACUACCUUAUAACAUGAUUGUAUUUCCUAAGGUUAUUUGUUUUAGCACCACUCCCGGUGUCUUACACAGUUGUUACUGUGGAUCAUGAAAGUGAUAGUAGGUAAAAUUGGAAAAUUGUUAACAUUUACAUAGGAUAAUCUUAAUGCUGUAAAUUCUGUAUUUUAUGCAUUUAAAAAUUUUAUUUCAAUAAUACAGGUCUAUUGACUAAGACAA